CGCGUCGCGUGUAGUUGUCGUAUAGUAUUGUCGGCGUCGUAUUUUCGUACCUACAGUGUCAUCGUAGACCUGGAGUCGCCCUCGUCCUCCCCAGGUAUGGAUGUGUAUGUGAAGUGCAUCAAUGUUGGAGUGCGAUGUUGAGCCGUUGUUACAAGAGCGUCUGCGACAAUCAACAUCAAAGUUUCGACGACAACAACAAUAGCAAACACUUCUGCUGUCCGGAGGAGGCCCCCAGUGACGUGUUGUUGACGCGCUCAGGCCCCCCUCAGCACCCCGCCUCACCAAGUAUGCUGCUGCUGCACACACAGACACCGUUUGGAGCGUCCAGUUUUGCUGAGUUGUUGUCGGCGCCGUAUCCCGACCCGGAGGAAGCCACCGCGUCGCUGCCAGAAGACCUCGACCCCUUCCAGGACGUGGCGCUGGAGGCUGCGCCCCUGCCUAGCUUCCAGGAGACUUACGGUUUCAAGAUGGAUGACGAGUGUUACACUCCCGCGGUCCCCGCGGCGUACCACCACCACCACGCGGCACCUCACACACCACACUCUCAACCACAGUACGAGUACCACCAGCCUCACUACUCGUCGCCAGCUACCCCUUACUACCCGUCACAACCCGCCACCGCCUUCGAGCCAACGCAGCACCCCCAGGACUACCUGAGUCACUCCCUACCGCACUUCCCCUCGCCUGCUGCCGAGCUCGCCGUCAACACCGCCCUAGGACCUCGCCAGAGACGGGCAUCCCUGCCUCUGCAACGGUCUGAGUCCACCAGCAGCAGCGAGUCUCCCAAGCCACGACUUCCAGUGACCGCCUCGUGUCCGCCGACCUCUGUGUCGUCCUCCGCCUCGUCGUCCCCCACAUGUGAAGGUCCUCGCCCUCCCCACCUCACCACUGGCCCUACACCUCCCUCGCCAUCACAACUGUGUGCCGUCUGUGGCGACACUGCAGCAUGUCAACACUACGGGGUCCGCACCUGCGAGGGCUGCAAAGGUUUCUUCAAGCGAACGGUUCAGAAGGGAUCCAAGUACGUGUGUUUGGCUGAGAAGGCCUGCCCGGUUGACAAAAGACGGCGGAACCGCUGUCAGUUCUGUCGCUUCCAGAAGUGUCUCGUCGUGGGGAUGGUCAAGGAGGUGGUGCGGACGGACUCCCUGAAGGGUCGCCGUGGCAGACUACCCUCCAAGCCUAAGAGUCCGCAGGAGUCUCCGCCCUCGCCUCCGGUGUCGCUGAUCACCGCUCUGGUCCGAGCACAUGUAGACACCAGUCCUGACCUGUCCACACUAGACUACUCCCAGUAUAGAGAACCCAACCCGAUGGAGCCUCCAAUCACGGAAGCUGAGAAGAUCCUGCAAUUCUACAACCUCUUGACCACUUCAGUAGAUGUGAUCCGUCACUUUGCUGACAAGAUCCCUGGCUUCGGAGACCUCUGCCGAGAAGACCAGGAACUGCUCUUCCAGUCAGCAAGUCUAGAACUUUUUGUCCUCCGCCUAGCUUACAGAACACGAGCCACAGACACCAAGUUGACGUUCUGUAAUGGCGUGGUGCUGGACAAGCAGCAAUGCCAACGCAGUUUCGGAGACUGGCUACACGCCAUCCUAGACUUCUGUCAAUCACUGCACGCCAUGGAGAUAGAUAUCUCUGCAUUUGCCUGUCUCUGCGCACUCACUUUGAUAACAGAGAGACACGGACUAAGAGAACCCCAUAAGGUAGAACAGCUCCAAAUGAAGAUCAUCAGUUCUCUGAGGGAUCAUGUCACUUACAACGCUGAGGCUCAACGCAAGAUGCACUACUUCUCCCGACUACUCGGUAAACUUCCCGAGCUGCGAUCUCUCAGUGUACAAGGGCUUCAGAGGAUCUUCUAUCUGAAACUAGAAGAUCUCGUCCCGGCUCCUCCUCUCAUUGAGAACAUGUUUGUGGCGAGUUUGCCGUUUUGAACUGUUCAAGAACUCGCUCAGUGAAUCUCAUGAGUCGGAGCUUUCCCAACUCCAAAGUGGACUUUCAAAUACUUUGUUGAACUUUUCAAGCAUUUAUCCCGUGAUUCUUGGUUCUAGUUUACGUUGCCACUGUACAGCUGGACUGUAGUUUUCUGUGGCGAGACCAGUUUUCGGUUCUCGGCUUUGGAUGUUGACGCACAGUUUUGUUUCCAGUCUUACUGACUUGACCCUAUGUGUCUUUUGGUGUGAUUGUUAAAGCAAAAUAUUUGUGAAAACAUUCUACAUUUGAUGCAUUUCUUAAACUUUAGCAGUAGCUAUUGUUAACCUAAAAAUUUAUAAUACAAAAAAAGACUACACAAAUAUUUUGUUUUGAACUUGCUAGUAAGAUAAGGUAUGUGAUAUUUAUCAAUAUUAUAACCUGUAAUGUUUAUGUCAUCUUUCAAAUUUAUAUACAAUUUUUAAAUGGUCUAUCCCAAUGGAAUACAAACAUACCCUUGUUAUAUUCCCUUCCUAAAUUGGCCUGUCAAGAAGUGAUACAAAUCCCAAAAAAACUAUUUUUAUAAAGAAGUUAAAGUUUAAUAUGAUUAUUUUCUAAUAAUACUCAAUUGUAUUUUUUUAACAUCUAUAUCACAAAAUGAUUUGAAAAUCAUAUUAUAGCAUAUUAAGUCCUUAAACAUAUUGCAAAAUCAAUUGCUACAGAUAUCAUGAAAAUUUGGUGUUCCUACAAGCAUAAUCAUAUUUUUAAGUCCAUAUUAUAAAUUUUAACUAUGUUAAUUUAUUUACUAUAUCUCAGCAAGUAUGUCAAUUUAAAACAAAGAAUAUUGUACAAUUUGUAAACAUUGCAAGUUUUGUUAAACCAAAGACAAAAAGAGCACUUACUCGCUUGUCUAUGGUUUGAGUUACGGCCCACCAACAUUCGUUCAGCCGUUGAAAUUAUUUAUAAGUUUGAACUGUUCUUAGAUUACCCAUUAGCAGGGGUAUUUUCGUUGAGUAAUAUUUACUCUUGUUACUUACUUAUAGUUUACUAUUUAUUGUAUUACUCACCACGAAUAUUGAAACUAGUUUUAAGGUGGUGGAAGGAGGACUGAGCCGGAACAGUUUUAGUUAAUCAAACGAGAUGCCUUGAUGAGAGAUGGUACAAAUAGUGACAGUGACUGAGCGCAAUACUCGUCGGUGGCCUUGUCUCUAGUUUAGUGUGCGUCAGGCCUGUGAAGUUACCACGUCAGAGCGUUCUGUGAUCGGCCGUCCUUCAGAGUUUAUUUUCACACUCUAGUGGUGACGUCAUCGCAUCUUUUGUACAGAUUUAUAAAUGACAUUUGUUUGUAAUUUUGAUUUUUACAUGUUUUUUAUUUAAUAUUUUAUAAAUGUUUUCAUCGAUUUAGAGAGUUUGAGUUACCAUUAAUGCCAUAAGAACAGAUUUUAAUAUAAAGGAUAGUUAAGGGUACUUUUAUAAAGACAAUUGAGACUGAUCGGUAAGGCGGGACGGGCAUGAAGGAUAUCCGAUAUCUCCGACCAUAUCUAUUGUGCUGCACUUGUUAUGUUGUAUUCGAGCGAAUAUUUGUAUGUUUCUACUGCCUUGGAUAGUUAUUGUCGAUGCCUUUGGAUUUCCUCAUUCUAAACUUGUUUUGGCUUACCAGUUAGAAAUUGUUUUGACAGUUUAUGUUGCCAGUGCAGACAUCAUGUUGUACAUGUCUUACUGUCGAGGACUCAUGUUGUUUUACCUUUACCAAUUAGUAGCCCAGUUCUGUUGAUCAUUUGUGUGCUAUAUGUCUCAAUGUGCUAUGUCUUAUCGCACUUUAUUUUACAGCUGUUUCUUGCCAUUAUUUCUGUGUGAAUCACAAUUUAUGAUUG